CUUCUCUUUUCCCCCACUUUCAUACACAUUUUCUUUGUAUUCUCAUUUACUUUUUGCAUUUUACUAUUUGUACAGAUUUCUUUAAAUAAAGCGCAUUCCGAAUGGCGGCAAUGUCAGGGUGGCAAGAUUUAAAUGAUACACAUGUGUGGGAAGAGCAAAAAGGACAGCCCGCCAACAGCUUCGACAAUAAUAGCAUUUUAGAAUUUGGCGAGUCUGACGAAUUCGCUAACGAUGGGGAUGACUUUGGCGGCUUCGGUGAUAACGACAAUAACUCUGCUGCUGACUUUGACGACUUUGGCGAUUUCAACGAGUUUGGUAUCAGUGAUGCUCCCGAGCUGCUGACUGUGCCGGUUGCUAACAAGCAUAUAGAAGAAUCGGUGCCUGUGUCUGAUGUCGAUCAUGUGCUGGCCAAGGCAAAGUCACUGAUUGACAGCUCGACUGAUUCAUAUGACGAUCGGGCGGCCAUUCUGGACGAGUGCUUGGACCAGGCACUGGGGAGUGCACAGCAGCAAUUACACGGCGAACAUAUAGAGUUAAACGCGCACUUAAAUAUUGGAGGAGCAGAAGAGGCGGAGGAUAUGUUAGAAAGGCUUAUUGGUAGCAGUUUGCCUCUCAACAUAAUAAAUAUCCCUGCGAGCGAGCCACGGUUACUGCGGAACCUGAUUCUCAUAGCAGCGGCAACAAAGCUGCCUGAAGAAUUGCACAGCCAGUUACUCAUGCCCGUGGCACAGACUGAGUCAGCGACAAAUCAAACACGAAGACAGGCUCCAGCAGCGAUCCCAAUGCUGGACAUUGACCGGAUACGUCAGCUGGAAUUACAGAGCACGAGCAGCGAGGAGUCGCUAAGACACGCACUCAAAUCCAUUAACGCACUCAUCUCUGCCAAGGAGAAGGAGAUUGCCAAGCGCAAGGACUCCAUAGAAGCCUACAACCAAGUUAUCCAGACGCUGGUGGCCCAAGCUACAAAAUUACAUUAAUUUCAUUUACACAACUUGCUACAAAUGUGUUUUAGAUUCCUCAUGCCACACAUGCCAAACCUUAGCAUUUUUGAGUUGCAGCCCAAAAAACAAGCUUUAGCUGUCACGUGCUAUCAGCCAUAGCCCACGAUAGUUACAUUUUGUCUACAAAUAUUUAAAUGUAAAACUUUUUAUUGUGGCC